AAACACUAACGCUGUUUCGUGGCGUCAUCGCUCUGCGCCGACCAGCUCAGGCUCCUCCCCCUGCGUCGCGCCGCUGGCUCACGCCUGAACCUCGCCGCCGCCCGGACGUUCGGCGUGCGCGACCCCGGCAGUGCCUGAGGGAGGAAGGCGGAUGAUGGCGGCCGCCUCGCUGUGGAAAGGGCUGGUCGGGGUCGGACUCUUCGCCCUGGCGCACGCGGCCUUCUCCGCCGCACAGCAUCGCUCGUAUAUGAGAUUAACAGAAAAGGAAGAUGAAACGUUGCCAAUAGAUAUAGUUCUUCAAACACUAUUGGCUUUUGCAGUUACCUGUUACGGAAUAGUACAUAUUGCAGGAGAAUUUAAAGACAUGGAUGCCACCUCAGAACUCAAGAAUAAGACAUUUGAUACAUUAAGGAACCAUCCAUCCUUUUAUGUAUUUAAUCACCGGGGCAGAGUAUUAUUCCAGUCCCCGGACACCGUCCAUUCUUCCUCCAAUCAGGACGCUUUGUUGACCAGUGCAUCGCUGAAGCUGCGAAAAUUUGAACCUCUCCGCCGUUAAAAUAUUUUUACAGAUGAUUCUACAAAUAGGACACCGAGUUAUAAUAUUGGGAGUUGGGGAUGUAAACACUUUUUUUAAUUUCUGGAGCAGUAUUUAUAUUGAUCUUCCAGACUUUAUAUUAUAUAUAUAUAAAUAUAUAAAAUUAUUAAAAAAGGACCUUUUUUGAACACUGUUAAUGACAAUUAGCAAAUUGUGAAUUGGCAAAACAGUGUAAAUUAUUGCUAGAAUUAUGCUGUGAAACAUACUUUAUACCUUUCAUCCCUUAACACACUAUCGAGGUUGAUUCAUUUCUACUGAAAACAAAUCCUGUAUUACCAAAAAGCCGAUGAUAGUUUUAACGCAACAGAUAAGCACAGAAGGGGCAUUGGCUUGUACUGCUGUUCUGUUGAAUGCUGAGGAAGGGGGUGCUUUGUGUCCAUCCUUUCUCCUCCAUCUUUGAGAGAAGACGAUGAUUGUGUUAGUUUCUUGUCUUUGGCACUUUGGGCUGAAGUAAUGUGGCUGCUACAUGAUGUGAUCUGCAUGGUGAAGGGCAGAGAGCCAUUCAGGCAGACUGUUCCAAAGUGGGAACUUUACUCAAACUAUUGCCAAGGACACAAAAGCUUCCUUUGUUGCCCAGUGUCCCCGAGUUACCCUGAAAUUCUGAUUUUGAAGGGAAAUGGAGCAUUUUUUAGAGAAAAUUACAAUGGCUGAGGAGUCUUAUCAGCCACUGUGGAGGGAUGCUGAAUCACACCAGCUCUAGUCCCAUCUACUUGUGGCAUCCAGAUACAGCCACUUGCAGCAAGCUGUCAUAAUUGCCCACGCUGGGAGCAAUCUGGAAUGCUGCUAGAAGUAGGGCUAGAGUGCAAUUCCUGUUGUAAAACAGAGGGCUGUAUCCAAGGACUGUAAUGUCUGGGGUGGGUGUCUGCUAAGUGAGCGAGGGGCUUGUAACAUAGCAGGUUCUCAAGGGAUGCUUACGGUGCCAAUCUUAAAAUGUCAGGAAGAUCUGCAGUUGGUUCUUGUAAUGUGGACAAGUUAUGUUUGUUUCCUGACUUUCUGCUCCCUUCAUUUAUAUAUAAGCACUCUUGUUGGAAAGAUAGGACAAAGUUCCUCCAGAUGUGGAGGAGCCAUUUUGGUCCUGUUUAAGCAAUUGAACGUGUUCAUCUUGUUUUCCCACUUUGCUGCAUUGCUCUUUCUGAGAGCGGCAUUUAAUCACUCAAUUUUUUUUCCUGAGUCAUCUGGAGCACGUGGGAUGUUCAAACAGGCGACAUAUUCUCUCAAGUUUACUAAAUGUUUGUGUCCAAGUUGGAUUACGAUAGAAUUUAACAUUUGAAUUGGUGACAGGAAUGCAGGAAAGUUGUUCCUCCUCCUUGCCUUAAAGGCCCAAUUUAAAUGCAACUUUUCCUGCAGUAUCUUGCGGUACCAGGAUAUAGUGUGCAUCUGCUGCACUUGUGGUAAAAUAAAGCACAUGCAUUCCACAAGUCAUGGGAUAGGAUUUCUUUUUUUCCUCUGCAUGGAGGUUCUUUGUGCCCAGAAAGUUGACCCUAACCAAAGGGCCAGGAUACUUGUGCUGUGACUAUGACAGAGAAGACAUGGCCUUGUUUAAACCCUGACUGCUGCUUUUUUUUUAGAGGGAGUUUUAGUGUUAAGGUCCUUCUAGUGUGUAGAUGCUAACCCCGUUAUUGCCUCAUCUUCAAUCCAGGUGAAUUCCUGUUUGUCAGUCAUGCAAUAGCAAACUGAGCAUAACCCUACUGCUGCGUUAACGGUCUGAUUCUUCUCUUUCCCAAAUGUGCUGGAGCAAGACUCCUGCUCCAUAAAACCUGAAACUGCUUGCAAACUCAUUCUAUAUAUAUAUAUAUAAAAAGCAGUUGGUGGUUCCAUCUCUGGGCUAUAGAGGCUGGAAAUCCUGAUGGUUUGCUUUAUAGUAUUUCCUUUAAAGCCAGAAUGUCUCCCAGCCCAUUCUUAAUAAUUCCAGCAACUGCUGGAGUCAGGUUUUCCUUGCCCGGGAUACUGUUCUUCCAAACCACAGCUCUGUGAGAUUCCAGACGGAUCUAGGCUGCAUCAAGGGAUCUGACGAGUCCAUUACUAUAACCCAGUUCCCUGAUGGAUCUCAACAUACAAUUGCACUAAACUGAUGUAAGGAGAGAAAACCACUAGACCAAAUCCAAUCUUGCAGCAGUCCUGAGUGCUUACUUGGAAAGAAGUACCACACUUCAGUGGAACUUUUGGCUUAGUGAUUGUGCAUAGGAUUACAGCCAGUGUCACAGAACUCCUUAAAUGGAACUUUUUUUUUUUUUUUUUUAAGGCAAACUUUCCAGGGAAGCUUUUAAAAGUUCAGAGACCAGUGAGAAAUAAGAGAAGGGGGGCAAUAAAAGCUAUUCUGCUUCUGGGAGGAAAUGAGACUAUUCUAAAAUAGUGAGUAGUUUUUGCCCUUUUACACUGCUUUUUAGUACCAAUUUGUAUGAAAAUCAUUUCAAGUGAAGCUGUUUACUUACUAACCCAUUCUCUCCAGACCUGGUCAGAAUCUACUUUAGGUUGCCAAAAAAACUCCAUCAGAGCAGAUAUGGAGUUUUCCUAGAGGCCAAAGGCUUCCCUGUCGCCCUCCCCAUUACAUGUUUAAAGUUUGCAGCCCAUUAAAGCACCUUCUUAGCCAUUUAAAUUUGCAAGAAGUAGCAGCUUAGCCCUUCAGCUUUGAAGGUUAUAUCACGUGUGCAAAAUUUUUCAAUUUUGUUUUUGCAUUGUCUAAUAAGUAACUAAUAUCCUUAUCAAGCACAUUGGGUAUGAAUUCUUUUUUCAAUGUGUGUAAUAAGAAAAAGGCCAGACUGUUUUAAAAAGCUGAAGGAUGAUUUAAAUAAACUCCCCUUAUAACUUAAUAAAAUUGUGUGUUUUACUGAA